CGUCGACGUUCAGUUCGUUCGUUGUUCAGUUCGCUCGGUUCGCGAGUAGCAACGCGUGUGCUGCGCGAGAGAUCUCAACCCUUGUGGUGCGGCUGCACGACCCGCAGCGUCGCAACGACCGUCGUCGCGAACGCAACACUCGCGGAUUUUUCGCGUCGCGUCGCCGCCACCGCCGCCGCCGGCUAGUCGCCGGGCAUAAAAUUAAUAAAACACGUUUAGUGCGUUACCUAUACUCAUCAAUAUCACAAUAUCACAACCGUAAAACGGACACGUGUGCUUAAAUCUACAAAAAUCGCGUAAACAACAUUCCAUUGGAUUGAUAACAACAUCUCAAACAUCUAGCAGGAGGAAUGCAGAGCCACGACUAGUUGCAGCGCAGGUCGCAGUCACUUAAACUCGCCCUUUAAUGCCGUGGCGAACGUGAAGCGAACACGGCGCGGUGUGGAGAAAAUUAGAAAUUACGUUUCGGCGCAAAAGCGAAACCCUCGCCGCCCCGAUGAUGAAAGUCCAACGAGGAGUCUUCUUCCUUCUCGCCUGCGUUCUGCUGUCGUCGGUGUGCGCACAGGAUGAGACCAACGCGACGUCGCUGGAGGAAAACGCCAUCGCCACCGUCGAGGACGAAUCCGACCAAGAGUUGUCGUCGCAGCUGCAGGAUAUUGAUAUACGAGCAAAUGGAUGGACCGCCUGGUCAGAGUGGUCGGCAUGCUCUAGGUCCUGUGACGGCGGCGUUUCGCAUCAAUUACGCCGGUGCCAACUUGCAAAAUGUCGCGGGGACCGUCUCCGAUACAAAAUCUGUAAUAUGCAGCCAUGUCCAGAGAUACAUGAAUUCCGUGAGGUUCAAUGCGCCGGAUUCAAUUCCCAGCCGUAUGAGGGCAUCCAUUAUAACUGGCUGCCGCACUAUGACGAUGUGGAGCCGUGCGCGUUGACAUGUCGCGGUAAACCCGCAGCCGGGGUGGAUUAUCCCAACGAGGAUAAUUCAAUGCUGGUGGUAGCGCGCUUGUCCGACAAGGUGCACGACGGCACCAGGUGUCGUCCGGGCAGCCUCGAUAUGUGCAUCAAUGGAAAGUGUCAGCGUGUGGGAUGUGAUCUCCGCAUUGGAUCCGAGAAACAAAUCGACGCAUGUGGUAUUUGUGGUGGGGAUGGCAGUUCCUGCAAACGACCUUUAUACCAUUGGUCUUUAGCAACGCUUUCCUUCUGUUCGGCAACUUGUGGUGGAGGUUACAAAAUGUCGCGCUCUGUAUGUUUAAAUCGAGUUUCCGGCGAGGAAGUGGAGGAACAACUCUGCAACUUGAUGCAGAAACCUGACGCCAGUGUUGUCCCAUGCAAUACUCAUAGUUGUCCACCAAAGUGGCACGUGCUGGAGUGGGGCCCGUGUUCUGUCACUUGCGGCGGCGGAUCGCGCCUUCGACAGGUGCACUGCGUCGAAGAGGCGAACAACACCAAGAUACGCAUAAACGAAGGCAAGUGUGGGGCACGCAAGCCGCACUUCCAGGAGGCUUGCAAUCAGAUCGACUGUCCAAAGUGGCACGCGUCCCAGUGGUCCGGCUGUUCGGUAUCUUGCGGCGAGGGUGUCCAAGUGCGCGUCGUCGAGUGCCGGGAUCACAAGGAUAAGCCCAGCACAUUGUGUCCGGAGCGCCUCAAGCCGACGGCGACGAAGCCCUGCUCGACCGGAAUGCAAUGUCCUUUCCACCUAAUCGACGAGCAUUCCAAUGGUGACGAACUGCUGCCGGGAUUGUAUCACACCCAGCCGUUGAUUCAACCAUACCCGCCGCCGGCCCCCGCGCAUGCUGAGCGUCUCGUCGGCGAGCAGACGGUGCCAUCGGAGAGCACAUUUAUUCCGGACGAAUGGGGACCCUGCAGCGUCUCAUGCGGGGAGGGCGUCCGCAAACGCGAAGUGCACUGCAAGAUAUUUCUGGAGUUCUCUCGAACGAUAGCAAAACUUCCUGAUCGCCAGUGCAGCGGGCCCAAGCCGAUCGAAAUGGAGAAAUGCUUUAUGGAGCCAUGCAGUUCCAGCUCGGAGCGCAUCGACAUCAAAGACGAUCCGUAUCGCCAUGAUUCGGUGAUAAAAGUAGCGCCCGGCACGCCGGGUAAAACGUACUCAUGGCAGGAGCAAGGAUACACGCACUGCAGUGCGACGUGCCUGGGCGGCGUGCAGGAGUUGAUCGUGAAUUGCGUGCGAGACGACACGCAAAAGGUCACCUCGCCGUACCUCUGCCCGCGGGAGCUCAAACCGGAGAUACUAAUUAGGACGUGCAAUGAUCAUCCGUGCCCGCCGCGUUGGAACUAUUCCGAUUUUCAGCCGUGCACGCAAUCGUGCGGCAUCGGGAUUCAAACGCGCGAGGUGAAUUGCAUUCAUGAGGUAACGCAGGGCGGCGGUAAUACGGUCGUCGUGCCGAAUAAUAUGUGCCCGCAGCCGCCGCCGCCCGAUCGGCAAUACUGCAAUGUGCUAGAUUGUCCGGUGCGGUGGCGCGUUUCCGAAUGGUCCAAGUGCAGCAAGAUAUGCGGCGGUGGCGAAAAGACGCGCAAAGUGGAAUGCAAACAGGUGAUGGCACAGAAUCACACCGUCGAUAGACCGGCGACGAUGUGCCCGAUGCCAAAACCCUCCGAUCGCAAACCGUGCAAUACGAAAAGCUGUGCCCUGGACACCGACAAACCUAUAAUCGAGACUUCGAAUAGUACGUUCAUACAACACGACCCGAAAAAGAAGAAAAUCUCGUUGAAAAUCGGCGGGGCAGCGACCGUCUUCCACGGCACCAUCAUCAAAAUAAAAUGUCCGGUGAAACGCUUUAAUCGCACCCGCAUACAGUGGGCCAAGGAUCACAACUACCUUCCAAAGACAAAGAAAUACAAGACGUCCAAGAAGGGCGCCCUGCGCGUGCAGAAUCUAACGUAUCGGGAUAGCGGUGUUUAUACUUGCGUCGCCGGUCGUUCGUCCGCCGACUUGACGCUCAACGUCCGACCUAAGCCGGGCGAGUUUAUCAACUCGGAAGAAAUUCAACGGCAAACCGGUGGAUAUUCGAGGGACAGAGAUCGGGGCCGGGACCGGGUGGAUUUUGAAAUAGCUGAUAGACAUCACGAGCGGGACGAAAUGAAUCCGAUAUUCGAUGAUCACAGUCAUGAGCGUCGGCCGGAUAUGCCAAAGAAACAACCGAAGAAGAUACCGCGGACAACAGCGCGUCCCGGCAAAACUGAUUCGAACAGUUUGAAUGCCUGGCAAUUGCCAACCACGACUGCCAGAUCCGAUGACCAGCUGGUGCCGUCACACCUUCCGGCGAGCGCUACCGAGAAAGUCCCCGUGGUGGCUUCAUCCGGUAGCAGGAUGUUGCCACACUUCCAAAAACUAAUUGCCAAUCUACAGCAAUUGUGGCCUUUCCAGACGUUCUCCAACUCGCGCGGUCACCGUAUGGUGGCCACAUUUCCCGACGAGGACCAAUUGAUGAUUGACCAAACGCAACGUGAUAGCAACGAUGAUGGAUCCGUGGUGGUGCUGGGUAAAGGCCUGCCGGAGAAUUUGAAAUUCGAAUGGGCGCUGACCGAUUGGACCAAGUGCUCGGAGACGUGCGGAGGUAAUGGAUUUCAAAUGCGCGCGGUGCAUUGCAUCGUCAAGCUGCACAACAAGAGCCAAGGCGUUGAGAAUAAUUUGUGCGUGGACGCCGGCUUGGAAGGACCGGACACGAUCCGCAAGUGUGGCGUCAACGAUUGUCCCAAAUGGAUUACGUCCGAAUGGAGUACGUGCGAAGAGUCCAAGUGUUUCGCAUUCAACAAAGCACUACAGCGUCGUGACGUGCAAUGCAUCCUGCCCGGCAACGUAACACUGCCAAACGAAAAGUGCGACCACCGUGAGCGACCUAACAACCGCCAGGAAUGUACUUCUGAGAAGUGCGUCGGCAAGUGGCGGGCGGGUCCCUGGUCCAAGUGCUCAACCGCUUGUGAUUCGCAGGGUGUCAAGUAUAGAAUUUUGCAGUGUGUCUGGAACGGCACGAAGAAGCCAGCUGGCUUUGCGUGCAAGGACGAACCGCGGCCGGCCGUUAUGAAAACCUGCAAAGGGCCGCCGUGCGCCACGCUGAGACAGGAAUGCGCCGACCAUUCAAUAUUUUGCCCCAACGUCAAGGCAAUGAGCAUGUGUCGCCUCCACCGAUAUCAGCAGCAAUGCUGCGAGUCGUGUACGCUCAAUUGAAACACAAGGAUGUGACGACGCCUAGGACAAUGUAGGAAAUUAACGCGAGGCUGCGAGUGUGUAAUCAAGUGUAUAAAUUAAGCGCGGUGGCAUCGUUGCGGAGAGAGAACUGUAAAUAGAUUCAAAUAUCAACGUGCGUUGGUUGCGAUAUUAAUAAAAUGUUGUUGAUGGUUUGGAUGAAGAAAUGUGCCGUGCACAGUAUAAUAGUAUUAUAUUAUAGCAAUAUUAGGAAAUAACUUGGUGAACAGUGGACACAAACAUACAAAGGAUAUAUCUACGAAAAUAUAUGCAUGCAUAUAUUUACUGUACAUAUUUUCAAAGACUGAAUUAUUUGUUAUAAAUUAAUUUUCGUUGCGUUAAGUAUUUAGUUAGUCCAAGGAACUUUCAUGAAACUGACUCAAUGAGUGUUUUAACAAAUUGUUUAUAGCCGAGAAUUGAAAUGUCAGAGAUUGGUUCAUCCCAAUCCCUCAUUGCAUAUUCAAUCAAGAAUCCUUUCAGCUUUCCGCUGCAUAAUGAAAAUCAUAUUAAUAAUUUAACACCAAAUAUAUACAAACCGUUUCGGAUAGCUUCAGGAAUCUUUUUCAAUGAAUAUUUCAAACAGGGUGUUAAAUAAAUCACAACUCAAAGUUUUUCUUUCAAUUUCUAGACGUAUGCCAGCAGUUGCCAUUUGCGAUGAUUCUUUUUAAACCCUCCUAUCUUAUGCCUUGCAAUGCUAGUAACUGAAAGUUCUGCAUUUUAAAACAAUACAGAUUCCCUAUUUAUUAAACUAAUAUUUACGAAGCGUAAGCAACCAAUAAAAGUAAACUAUUGAUAUUUAAAAUAUGAAUGAUUACCAAGCAGUUGUUAAAGAAAAACGAAACUAUUAUGAAUUAACACAAAUGUAUCGAAUGUAUAUCGUGCAGUAUCCUUGCCUAUAUUGUCAAUGAGAAGUGCAACCUCGUUGAAAAUGAAGAAUAAUAAAGAAUUCGUGGCUUCCAUUACUUGCUGGCAACACUUGUAAAAAAUGUAACAGCUAACAAUUAAACUAAGGGUAAGAUUACAACGUUAUAAGUCAGUAUAGUAUCUACAUCAAAUAUUUAAGUUAAAACACUAUGGCUUGACAUAAAUAACGAUAUAAGUAAACUAACUAUCAUGUUAUUUGAUAGACACAUUAGUAGGAUCAUAUUGUGCUUCAUCCAAAAGCAAAUGAAUUACCUAACAAACUAAAAUAAUCAUUUUGUUAUAAUACAACACUAAUGUAAACUGUAAACUAUGUAUUGUAUUGCGCGCAAUGAAUCCGGACGCUAAGUUUAUCACUUAAACGAAUGUUGUUUCUUUAUUGAGAAUGUGCUAGUUGCAAGUGCGGAUAGUUAUAUUAAUGUUAGAGCAAAGACCACUACCUAUUGUUAUGACUAAUUAUUUUUACCGUCAAAUGUAGGUAUCUCUUGUAAGAUAGUACUAGACUAAUAGCUCAAGAUUUAUGGUGUGGUAUUAUGCGAUUUAUUUGGUUCGGAUUCGGAAACAAUGUAAACGAAUUUAGACGUAAAGCAAACAACCCUUUUCCUCAUCCUGUUACUAAAAUGAUAUAAUAAACUCACACCUAUAAUUGUUUAA